UGAUCGUAUCUAAAGGCAGUGUGCAGUCUCCACUCAGCGCAUCUUACCGCACAGAUUCCUGCUGCGCAAACAGCACUGCGCAUUUCUCCUCAUUUCUCAUCAAAGCCUCUUAGAAAGCAGCUUCACCUCUAAUCAACUUAUCAGACAGAGUGGAAGAAAAGAACAAGCGGAUUCUGCUUGUGGCUGCAGGAGCGACAUUAAGCAAAGAGUGAACUUUAAGAGAGAUUUUGGUGAACAGGAUGCGGGACUCUGUGCUGCUGCUGCUGCUGCUGCUGGUGCUGGUGUUCGGGCUGCUGCAGGAGGCGCGCGCGCAAAAACUCUCCGCGCUCACGUUCCUACGAGUCGACCAGGAUAAGGAGUGUAACACUGAUUGCGCCAAUGCUCAACGCAAGCCCCUGUGCGCUUCUGACGGACGAACCUUCGCCUCGCGUUGCGAGUUCCAGCGCGCCAAGUGCCGCGACCCCCAGCUGGAAGUCAUACGAGGCUCAUGCAAAGAAACAUCGAGGUGUGCGGCUGAGAAGAAGUACACAGAGCAGCAGGCCAAGAAACUUUUCCCACAGGUGUUCGUUCCCGUGUGUAACCCGGACGGCACGUACAGCGAGGUCCAGUGCCACAGCUACACUGGUUACUGCUGGUGUGUAACACCCACUGGCAGACCCAUCAGUGGCACAGCAGUAGCCAAUAAGAAGCCUCGGUGCCAUGGCUCCAUUCAUGAGAAGGUCAUGCCUCGAGAUCCAGGAAAAGCAGUUUCCUUGCAAAUCUUUUCCAUUCUAAACGCAGAUGAUGAGUCUGUCGUUCUCGUCGAGGAGACGCAGCCGCCAACCGACGAAGAAGACAAAAUCACCCAGUACCCGACUCUCUGGACUGAGCAGGUGCGCAGCAGAAAGAACACGUCAAGAACACAAUCGUCUUCUUGUGAUCAAGAGCAGCUGACAGCACAAGAGGAGGCAAGGCAACAUAAGAAUGAUGCUGUGUUCAUCCCUGACUGUGCCCAAGGUGGUCUUUAUAAGGCAGUCCAGUGUCACCCUUCUACUGGCUACUGCUGGUGUGUUUUAAUAGACACAGGACGGCCCAUACCUGGGACCUCCACCAGAUACGAACAGCCAAAAUGUGACGGCAAUGCGAGAGCACAUCCCAACAAACCCAAAGAUCUGUACAGGAGCCGACAUCUUCAGGGAUGCCCUGGAAAUAAGAAAAACGAAUUUCUGACGAGCGUUUUGGACGCACUGUCUACGGACAUGGUGCACGCAGUUACCGAUCCAGCUGCUGCCGGCAGAAUGCCAGAACCAGACCCUAACCACACUCUGGAAGAGCGGGUGGUGCACUGGUAUUUCAGUCAGCUGGACAAGAACCUGAGCGGUGACAUCGGCAAAAAGGAGAUCAAGCCGUUCAGACGCUUGCUGCGCAAGAAAUCCAAGCCAAAGAAGUGUGUGAAAAAGUUUGUAGAGUACUGCGACAUCAGUAACGACAAGGCUCUCUCGCUGCAGGAGCUGAUAGGUUGCCUUGGGGUCAUGAAGGAAGAAGGGGCCAAAACAAGCGAAGGCACAACCAAUAAACUAAACAUUGUGAAAAAGCAAGGCUGAGAUUCCUGCGCCUUCUCUCGCUGCGAUCCUGCCCCCACCAAACGGCGAUGGACCCCCAUAGUAUUUGCACUUUGUACUUUAAAAAAGAAAAAAUGAUGUAAAUUCACUUUGUAGAAAGAAGGUAUUUAAACAGACUGCUGAACAUGUGAAUGAUGUUAGUUAGCUUUUAUAUAUAUUAAUGCCCUUACAAAAAAAAAGGUUAAUACUUUAACACAUACAAUGUAUGUGUCCUUUGUGAGUUCUGAGAUUGUAAGAUUUGUAUUACUUUUUUUUGUCGAUGUGUUUUUUUUUUCUGUCUUGUAAUGACACCAGACUUACACAUAGCUGGUGAAAAAAUAAUACGUUAGUGCUUUGGUCACAUACUGGCAUUUUUAUUUUUUAUUUUUUACCUACGUAUCAAGCCUAAGACAGGCUUCGUCUUGAUUAGAAAUAAAGAUCUUAUAUACUUUUUAUGUUUUUUAUCAGUACACUGUAUAUAUCGAGUUGUCUGUGAAAUGUUUUCUGCUCGUAAUAAACACUCUUUCCUAACUGA